UGGAUUUCAGAAUUUUGCGUUAAUGAAAAGUUUGCAUAUUCUUAUGCUUUUUGAUUGAUGUGCAGAUUUGACAAAAUAAUUAACAAAGAAAUCCCAUCUACCAUAGUUUAUGAGGAUGACAAGGUCUUAGCUUUUAGGGACAUAUCUCCCCAAGCUCCCACACACAUUCUAAUUAUUCCCAAAGUGAAGGAUGGCUUGACUGGACUCUCUAAGGCUGAGGAAAGGCACUGUGAUAUUCUUGGCCGUCUUCUAUACACUGCUAAGCUAGUUGCCAAACAGGAAGGUCUGGAAGAUGGCUUCAGGAUUGUGAUUAAUGAGGGCCAAGGGAUGUCAAUCAGUUUACCACAUUCACGUCCAUCUCUUAGGGGGGCGUCAGAUGAACUGGCCACCUGGCUAAGAUGGAAUUGUUGA